AGGAGGAGACCUGCUCAAGUUCAGUCGACUGGAUUCCAGUAGAUUAACUGUGGCACGCAGACAGGUCCUACUGUGGGGCCGUCGGCUGAACAGCCCCGUCUGACUGAGAAUGGCAGUGGCUCUCCUGGGUGGACUUUGUGUUUGAGAGAGGACAUGGUGACAACCGUCAUGGAGAUCCACCCAGUCCCAUCAUCCAUCUGUCCUGCAUCGAGAUUUCCUUCAACACAGCAGCGACAGUUACAACCGGCCAUCUCUCUCCGGGGGGCACCAGAAGUUGUCCCGGGCCUCCCGGUCUCAGAGGCGAUGGACACGUGGUCCCUUGGCUGUGUAGUGGCAGCGGUGUUCCUGGGAAGACACCUCUACCCCUGGCGGGAAGAAUUUGACACGCUUGUGUUUUGUGAGCAGAGGAGGGCGGUCACACUGGGCCCGGCCCCAUCAACACGGGGACCAGACGUGGUUCUCAACUCCAGUACUCGGGGACCCCCAACCGCGGUUUUCUAUUCUGCCAGGUAUUGAGCUAUGUUCACCUGUUGUGUCAGGUCUUCCAAUGGUCUAAAUAGGAUGCUUGUACACGUGGUGGUACUGAGGGUCCCCACGGGAGACAAACUCUUGGCAUAUAUGAGGCACGGUCUCUUAUGGCUCCCAUUUACAUGUUGUUUAAGUAACCAGACCUCAUGGACACAUUGUCGGGCAUCAUUUUCCAGCCAAUCAGA